AACCUCACAGUUCAUUUGAAGAUGGCAGCACUACACAUGUGGUGUUCCUGGCCUGUUAUUCCUCUUCUCCUCCUCCUGUCCAUCGCACCCAUGUUGGCUGAAGUGGUGAACUCAAUGUCAGACUGUGACCACUUUCUUCUUGAGGAAACACCACCGCAGAUCCCAGGUGUCUUGGAGGAUGGGAAAAUCCUGAACCAGAACCGGUACAAGCCCAUUUGCCAAACUUACAGGAACAAGAGAAGGUUUGUGACGCUGUACGACAUCAAGAACAAGAUCCCAGUGUUUUCUGCUUACAAGUACAGAGGAGUCGAAGGAAAAGGGAGACCUAAAAAACACUGGAAGAUAGAACCACAGCUUGAGAAUGAACUUGUUAACAAGAACAUGAUGGGCAAACACAAACAGACGUCCUACAAUCACCAGGCUGUUGACACUGAUUUCAGAAGCAAUGGGAUGUUCGACAGAGGUCACAUAAUUCCCAGUUCUUAUGCCAGCACGGAAAACGACAAGCGGUCGACGUUCACCUUGACCAACAUUGUUCCACAAGCAAGUUCGUUCAACAAGGGCAGCUGGAGCAGGAUGGAGAGCUGCAUCCGAUGUGUGAUGGAUAAAUACUGCACCAACAGCAGCGGCUUCACUGAAGGCUUCGUGGUAACUGGAGCACAGCCGAGCUUCAGCAACAUCCUCAACAACAGGGUCAACAUUCCCUCCAUGCUCUGGACGGCUUUCUGCUGCUACAGCACCAACAUGGAGGCCUGGAUAGCGAGCGCUCACUGGGGCAACAACGUUCCCGAUGACGCUAAAAACAAACAUCUGCAGGCAAAGACGCUGGCGGAGCUUCAUGACCUGCUGAGGACCAAAGACUCAGAGUUCACAGUGUUUCCUGGAGCUCAGUGUCCUCUGCACACAACUGUCGCCGAGUUCUACCCCCAGGGCAACAAAUGCCACUGCCCAUCCAGUGGCUCAUCUGCUCUUCAUAGUUCAACAUCUGGUCCUCACAGUUCAACAUCUGCCCCCCUCAGCCCUACAUCUGCUCCCCACAGUUCAACAUCUACCCCUCAAACUUCAACAUCUGCAUCUUACAGCUCUACAGCUGCCCUUCAAACUUCAACAUCUGCCCUUCAAACUUCAACAUCUUCCCCCCACACGUCAACAUCUGCCCCUCAACCUUCAACAUCUGCCCCAAACAGUUCAACAUUUACCACUCAAACUUCAACAUCUGCCCCAAACAGUUCAACAUUUACCACUCAAACUUCAACAUCUGCCCCAAACAGUUCAACAUUUACCACUCAAACUUCAACAUCUGCAUCUUACAGCUCAACAUCUGCCUCUCAAACUUUAACAUCUUCCCCCCACAGUUCAACAUCUGUCUCUCAAACUUCAACAUCUGCAUCUUUCAGCUCUACAUCUGCCGCUCAAACUUCAACAUCUUCCCCCCACAGUUCAACAUCUACCCCUCAAACUUCCAUAUCUCAAUCUUACAGCUCUACAGUUGCCUGUCAAACUGCUACAUCUGCCCCUCACAGUUCCAGAGCUGUACCUCAGAGCUCUACACUUGCCCCUUACACCUCUACAACUGGUCCUCACACCACAUCUGUCCCUCUCACUUACACAUCUGUUUGUCUUACUGCAACAUCUACUCCUCAAACUGCACAUCUGCCCCUCAAACUUUAACUGCUGCCCUUACCAUUUCAAUAUCUGUCUCUUAAACUUCAUUAUCUGCCCCUUCCACUUCAACAUCUGCCCCACACAGUUAUACAUUUGCUUCUCUUAUUGCAACAUCUGCCCCUCAAAUUUAAACAUCCGUUCAUCUAACUGCAACAUCUGCCCCAUACAUUUCAAAAUCUGCCCCUCAAACUUCCAUGUGCCCCUAAAACUUCAAGAUGUACCUCUCAAACUUAAACACAUGAAUCAAAAAAUGCAAGUGAAGCAAUUCCUUUCAAAUAUACCAGUAAUACUGUAGAUCAGGAAUAUAUUUUAAAAACAAAAACAUUCCAAUAUUUUUCAUAAAGCUUUCAUUUCAUGGUUUGUUCGAACUUGUAGUGUUGUUUCAGCAAACGCUGUUCAGUUUUAUAUAUUUGUGAACUCAUACUACAUUGUUUAAUCUGACUCUGCACAAACAGAAACGUGGGAUCCAUUUCGACCUUAAAUGUGACUUCAGUCAAAUACCACUUAGAAGCAGAUGUUAUGAAACCUGCCUGUGAUGAGGAAAUGAUCCCAAAGCCAAGUCCAAUUAAUAAUAGUUAAAGAUAAAAUCAUAAUAGUAAAACAGUGGCGUCUUAAUCAUUUAGAGCUGCAGCUGCACGUGAUUUCCAGACUUCUUCAUACUUCUUUUUUAUCUACAUUGUCCGCAAAAGAUUUACAGACAUCAGUGGCGUCGUCUUGGUGCUCGGAGCUGUGUCUUUGUGUAAACGUGUGCGUCAGUCAUAUCGGAUUGUGGAGGGGUGUUUGUGCGCGAG